AUGGACUUUGAAGAUGAGAACAAUAAAGAAGUAGCUGAUUAUCAAAAAAUAAGAAAAAUUUCUAAUUGGCAUAUUGUACCGGAAGUGAUAAAUCGCCAGAUAGGUAGCAAUCCAUUAUUCGGAAGACGGUUCUACAGUUCUUUAUAUGCAGUAGAGCAGUUCCAACUUAUGUAUAAACUUUAUCCACCCCUAUCAUCGAUAACUAAUUCACCUCAUGAUUAUGAAACGAUAGAUGUCGUAAAUUUCAAUCACAAAGGAAAUUUAUUAGCGUGUACUGUUGGUGAUGAGAUUUCUAUUUGGGAUUGGGCUGCAAGGAAAAACAGCUACUUCUUUACAAAUGAGGAUGUAUGUGUAUUAUGUACCAAGUGGCUGCUGUUGGAAAAUUGUAUAGCUUUUUCUGAUAACUAUAGCCAGGUGAGUUUGUUGGAUAUUAAAUGCGACGUGUUGACGGAAAUAGCGACGCACGAUUCGUGCGAAAGUUCGUACGCAUUGGCUGUGCAUCCGGAAACACCUCAUGUAAUCCUUUCUGCUGGAACUGACUCAAAAGUGUUAUCCAUAGACAUUAGGGAAAGCAAAUCAAAAGAGUUACUUGUAGUAAAGCAAGGCGCAUUGAAACUGAAAGUAGCAUUAUUCAGUAUAAAUUCUAAUCCUUCAAAUAGUAAUGAAUUUUGCAUCUCUGGUCGCUCCUACUGUGUCAUGAUAUACGAUCGACGAAAAGUUUCAAAACCGCUUUGUAAACUAUGGCCUAAAUGUGUGAAAAAUGAUGAACACGUAUCUAUAAUGUCUGCUGUGUAUAAUUAUAACGGAACAGAAAUUCUCGCUACAUAUUCUAACAAGAAGUUAUACCUAUUUAAUAAAUUAAUAACGUCGUAUGGAGAUUACGGCCAUAUGUAUCAGAAUCAUGUGUAUGAAUCAUCGAUGAUUGGAGGUAAUUUUUUCGGACCUAAAAGCGAGUAUGUUAUAUCUGGAUCCGGUAAUAAUAUAUUUAUUUGGGACAAAAAUUCGGAAUCUGUCAUACAAUAUAUGACAGGAGAUUCAGAAAUCGUAAUUUGCUUGGACAGUCAUCCGCAUAUUCCCAUUCUUGCGACAAGCGGACACGAUAAAAACAUUAAAUUAUGGGUGCCUUCAAAAGGAGAACUUUCGGUAAUGCAGACAUCCGGGAAUCACUUUUGUGUGGACCCAUUACAUUAUGGACCAAAUUCAAAUCAAGAUGAAGAUGAUACCGACAGCAGCCAUGAUGAAGAUAGUAUUUCCAGUAGCUCAAGCUCGGACGACUUUAUCGACGAUAGGCUAUCCGAAUGCGGCGACAUUGAAAGAACACAGUGUCUUCCAUCUUAA